AUGAACUCGAACUAUGUAAAAAAGUGUACCGAGGUUUUGCUGAACAUACCGGCCCACAAGCCGGCCACAACCAAUAUUGCUGCUGCCGGUGUUGUGGUUGCUCAUACCGAUCCUUCCUACGCCAUCCCACCGCAACAACCGCAAACGAAGACCAACCCGAACAACAACAGAGCGAGCAAAAAAGCCUCCCAAAGGGGUCGAACUGCUGCUGGUGGAGGUGUCGGUGCAGGAAAGCGUCCGAUUUGGCGUCACCCCGGUGCCGGUCCGGUUGCUGGUUUCGGCCGCCCUGUGGAUCGUACCACGAAUGAGCACAAGUUCGUCAGACCUUGCUGUCCCUCACGCCGUCCAGACACAUCACAUCCCGGACGUGAUCGGGUCGAUUGCCGGUGGGAAGAGCAGGUCGGGCAGUCUCCUCCAACGCACGUACCGCACACUCCGACCACCGGUGACAUGAUUGCGGACCCGAUUCAGGAAGGUCGAGGAGGAGGCGCAGAUAACGUCAAUCAUCCGGAUGGAAUUGGACAGACGAACGUGGAGACGCCGUCAACAAAGGUGGGUGGCACAGCGGUGGGACGCAAUCGUCCACCGGAGGAAUGUCACGACCGUCAACCGGUGUCCUGGUCCGGGAUACUGUCCAAAGCUAGUUCUCUUCCAGCUGUCAGCGAACGAAAGGACGGUACAAAUUGUGUGCGCGACAGCCCCGAAUGCCCGAACUGUCAGCUGCUGCAGCGUAACUGGCAGGACGAGCGGCACCGGCACGCCCAGGAAAGCGCCCAGUUAACGGAGCAGAUUAAUUAUCUGCAGAAACAACUGCGGGUGGAUGCGCAGCUUGAGCAACGGAUGGGCGAAACGAUAAAAGCACGGUACGCUAGCAUGGAGCAAGAUAUUACGAAAUUAAAGCUCGCGGUCGAUGAGAAAAACAGCGAGCUGGUCCUGAUUAACGACCUGAAACGUAACCUAAAAGAGACGCAAAGCAAGCUGAAGCGGGUGGAACAGCAGCGGAGCGAACUGGAAAAGCGACUAAUGGUGGCCCAGCUGGAAAAUAAGAAGCUGGAGCUUUUCUUGGACACUCAAACCUUGCACUUGCGGAAGGUGAAAACCGAGCUCAGCCACAUUCACACUCUUUCUGUGAAGCAGAUAGAAUUUCUGGACGAACCGUCCGAUGCGCUGAUAAUGGACGAUACCAGCAGCGCACGUCGUCACCGUCAUCCAUCGAUGCAUAAUUAUGCACCAACCGUACAGUCCUCAGAGUGCGAUACCACUACCACGAAUGCGAGCGUUGCAAGUCCCGUCCAAUCACUACUUUCCCUUGGGACACCAUCGAAAGAUCAUCACACAACUCGACGAAACGUCGAUCCCAAGCAGUCAUCUUCGAAAACUCCCAGAAUCGCACUCGAGGCGGCCACGAAACGAAAAUCUCAUUCCCGGUCCGUCGCCAGCACCACCUACACCAUGGAGGAAUCAAUACCUUCGUUAGCGUCGGAUUCGGAUCGAGAUAAUGCGGCUCGUGUGCGAGGGAACGCGUCCACGUCGUCCUGCACCGUGGUAUCGUACGAUGACAAUGGAAAACAUAACGAAUGUGCGGCCCACUACCCGGCACCAGAAAUCAAUCGUGCCGAUCACGAUGACAACCGCAUCCGUCACCAUGCGAGUGCAAGCGUUUCGGAUUACAACGCCGGGCGCCGGAAGUUGACCGCGGCCAGGCAACCGGACGACGCCGUGAAAUGGCAGCGCGAUGAUAAAGAACACCAUCUCACCGCUCGCACCACAACGCAAAGCUGUGCAGUGGAUGAAGGCGAUAAAUAUGGCCAUCGAGCGGAAUGGUUCGGUCAGCGCACGGUAACACACGACGACCGUCAGCAAUUCGUCGUCGAGAUCUACGAAAACAUAACACUCCCAGUGUCACCGCGCCCAUUCCAGCACAAUCUGUCCAUCGCGCCACUGUCGGAGGAUGACCCUGACGACUCGUUGACGUCGGCACCACUAUCGUAA